AUGUCCGGCAAGCGACCUUCCUCCCCAAGUUCCUCAGCUCCGGGCGCUGAUAACAAGCGGGCCCGUAUCAUAGACCGCCCCGGCUCAGGCACAAGAAAGGGGUCUGGGACGGGCAAAGAUUAUCUCGGGCCCGAGCGUCCCCGUCUUGCUCCCAUCGGUGUCAUAGCGCAAGACAGGACCGCCGCACCGCAGGCCGCCGCGCCUCGUGAGGCGAUCGACUAUGCGGGUCGCAACCGACCCCGCCUUGCUCCCAUCAGUCUCGUCCCAGCGACGAGGACGGUCCCCGCCUCGGACGUCGGCGCGCCGCAAGGGCCGAUCGACUACGCGGGUCGCAACCGACCCCGUCUUGCUCCCGUGAGUCUCGUCCCAGAGACGACGACAAUCCCCGCCCCGGACGUCAGCGCGCCCCGAGUGCCGAUCGACUACGCGGGUCGCAACCGACCCCGUCUUGCUCCGGUUGGUCUGGUCCCAGCGACGAGGACGGUCCCCGCCUCGGACGUCGGCGCGCCGCGAGGGCCGAUCGACUACGCGGGUCGCAACCGACCCCGUCUUGCUCCCGUCAGUGUCGUCCCAGAGACGACGACGGUCCCCGCCUCGGAAGUCAGCGUGCCGCGAGGACCGAUCGACUACGCGGGUCGCAACCGACCCCGCCUUGCUCCGUCGGUCUCGUCCCAGCGACGAGGACGGUCCCCGCCGGACGUCGCGCGCCGCGAGGCCGUCGACUACGCGGGUCGCAACCGACCCCGCCCUCCUCCCAUCGGUCCCGUCCCAGUGCCCAGGACGGCCCACGCCUCGGACGACAACGUAUCGCGUCCGUCGAUUGACUACGCAGGGCGCUCUCGCCCGCGCCCUGCUCCCAUCGCCUUGUACCCGCCGAAGAAGAUGACCGCUGCCCUGGAGGCCAGCGCGCCGGGUGGGCCUACUGGUCAAGCUGGCCCCUCAGCUGGACCCUCCCGUCCCUACCCUGCCGACGGGAGGCCCGCUGAGGCCCCAACAGCCUCCCUGGCGGUCAAGACGGGCGGUGGAGCUCCGGAGCCCGGAGCCAUUGAUGGGGAACCGAACCUACCCUCAGACGGUGACGGCGUCUCGCAGAGACAGAUACCACGCCCCCCCCAUCCAUACCGACUGAAGAUGAUGAGCCUUCAAAAGAAGCACUCGCAGAAGGGCAAGCAAGUCGUCGAGACGAACCAAGGCGGACAGGCCAGUCCCAGGCAGACACCUUCUCCGCCAGCCACUCCUCCUCCUCAGUCCGGCCCGUCGAGAGCACCCUCUGUGGCGUCCAGUUCCGAGCCUUCUUCAGACUCUGACGCAGGUCCGGGGCCGGUCGAAGUCAAGAACAACCGCGAGUGGUACAAGGUUCAAGCCAUCGAGUUAGCCUACCAAAAUGAGAAGAAACAGUGGAGGUUCUGGGUGAGCUGGGAAGGCUGGCAGCCUCGGUCGAACAGCGAACUGGCCUGGACGGACGUGAAGUGCCUGGAGGCCCUCCCCAUCUAUAUGGAUAGCGCGGUCGAGCACAUACUCGACAAACGAAACGUCAAUGGCAAGUGGGAGUAUUUCAUUCACUGGAGGGACACCAGCGAAGAUUUCGAUGUAUGGGUCUCGAAGGACUUUUUGAGGGACACCACCUUGUUGACGUUGUAUGAAGACUCGUUGCGACGCUGA